AUGACCCAGCCACUACAAACAGUAAAACAGAUAGAUAGAUCUAAUUCAAGUUUACCAUUGACUUCAUUGACCGAAAAGCAAUGCGUUGAUUUUUCCACUACAUCUCAAGAGAAUUCAACUGGAGUAAUAAACAAAAUGACAAAGAUUCAUAAAUAUUUUCGUGGUGCUAUGAGUGCAAUGAAAUCUGCUACCAAAAAUAAAAUAUUCAAUCCCGACGAAGAGUCAUCUGAUGAAGACGAAGAAGUUAUCGGAAAUCAAGGUAUUCGUCUAAGAUCAUCUAGACAAGCAAGAGGAAGACGAGAAUUCUUGCAAAUCAAAUUAGUUCAAGAAAUGAAAAAUGAGCACACGGGUGCUAUAUGGGCUAUGCGUUUUUCACCAUGUGGUCGAUUAUUGGCUACUGCUGGAUAUGAUCGAAAUAUUCGAAUAUGGGUCUUGAAACAGUGUUAUCGAUAUUUUAAAGAGAUGCAACGAAGUUCUACUCCACCACCAACUAGUGCAAAAUAUGAAUCAGUUGGUUCAUUUAUAUCAAAUGAUUUUCAAACUAAGGUCAACUUUGUACGACCAUUUCAAAAUAUACGGAUAAUUGCUUUGUUAGCUUAUAAUCUUCUGGUUUAUACUGGUCGUUCCCGGAUAUCAGCGACCCAAUUUGUCGGGCUGGCUGCAUAA